AUGCGCGUUACAAUCUUUCUUGCGGGUCUCGCUGCCUCUACUGCGGCAGAGUCCAUUGCGCGCGAUGCCUCCAAGCUCUUCACCUUGGAGACCGCGCCCGGCGAAACGGUCACUGUCACAGAAGAGGAGAAGUGGGAGAUGAUGGACAAACGCAUCCACUUCUUCGACAUCACGGAAUGGCCUGACGCCCCUGCGGCAUCAACUAAAGAUUUCAGAUUGGCGGCGGCUCUCCCGUUCCCGACUGAAAUGAACCAGACAAGCCACGUCAACGCGCUCAUCCCCAAGCUCGACAAGUCGCGCAUGCAAGCCCAUCUGGAGCGUUUCUCGGCCUUCCACAACAGAUAUUACCUCUCUCGCACAGGCGUCGAGUCUGCCGAGUGGCUGUUUGGCCAGAUCUCCGCCAUCGUUGAUGCCGCGGGACAUCCUACCGCCAAUGUCCGUUACGUGAGACAUACUGCUUGGUCGCAGCCCAGCAUCAUUGUCACGAUCCCUGGCCAGAACCAACGGACCGUUGUAGUUGGCGCCCAUCUGGACUCCGUGAUAUCUGGGGAUAGAGGUGCAGGACGUGCACCCGGAGCCGAUGACAACGGAUCCGGCAGCGUGAUGAUUCUCGAGGUGCUGAGAGUCGCCUUGACGGAUCCAAGGAUCGCGGCGGGAGAGUUGCUGAACACCGUUGAGUUCCACUGGUAUGGCGCCGAGGAGGCCGGACUACUUGGUAGCCAGGACAUUUUUACGCAGUACAAUGCAAGCCGCCGUCAGGUUGUCGCCAUGCUCAACCAGGACAUGGUCGGAUACGUUGGCCGAGAUGGGGUCGAGAGAUUCGGUGUCGUCACGGACUGGGUUGAUCUUGAUCAGGUCGCGUUCAUGAAACGGGUGAUUGAUACGUACACCGACAUCCCGUAUGAGGAGACCGUCUGCGGAUAUGCUUGCUCUGAUCAUGCGUCGGCCAACCGCAACGGAUAUCCUUCAUCGUUCAUCUUUGAGGCGCCUUUUGGAAACCACAACCCAUACAUUCAUACCCCCAACGAUACGAUUGAGCAUGUUUCCUUCGAUCACGCACUCCAGCAUGCGAAGAUGACAACGGGAUUCGUCUUCGAGUUGGCGUAUUGGCCCUUUGCAUGA